AUGUCGCAACUCUGCAGUUGUGGUGGAUCUAAAAAUAAUGAUGACAAUAAACAAGUUAAUAAACAAAUCAAUGCUAAAUUAAAACAAGAUGAAAAAGUUUUUCAAGCUACUUAUCGAUUACUUCUCUUGGGCACUGGUGAAUCCGGAAAGUCAACUAUCGUUAAACAAAUGAAGAUUCUACAUAAUCCUUUUACUCCAGAAGAAAAAGCUGAUAAAAUCCCUGAUAUAAAACGUAAUAUUCGUGAUUCACUAACCAGUAUUAUACGCGCUAUGGACAAAAUUAAUCCACCUGUUGAACUUCAACAUCCAGAAAAUCAAGGUCCUGCUACAUUUAUGAUAACAACAGCACAUUCAUUAGAUUUUGAUUAUCCACCUGAAUUUUUUGAACAUGCAGCGAUACUUUGGAAAGAUGCGGGUAUACAAGCCUGCUAUGAACGAGCGAAUGAAUAUCAAAUUAUCGAUUGUGCUAAAUAUUUUCUUGAUCGUGUUCAUGAAGUUAAACAAUCAAAUUAUAUGCCCAGUGAACAGGAUAUUCUUCGUUGUCGUGUGCUUACAUCGGGCAUUUUCGAACUUCAUUUUGCCGUUGAAGGUGUGCGCUUCCAUAUGUUCGAUGUCGGUGGACAACGUGAAGAACGACGAAAAUGGAUACAGUGUUUUAAUGAUGUUACUGCAAUUAUAUUUGUCACCGCGUGUGACACUUUUAACACGAUGCUCGCUGAAGAUGAAGGAGAAAAUCGACUGAGAGAAUCUAUUAAACUUUUUAAAGAUAUUUGGAAUAAUCGAUGGCUACGAACUGUAUCUGUCAUAUUAUUUCUCAAUAAACAAGAUCUUUUAGCUGAAAAAAUCAAAGGUGGUCGACGACUUGCAGAUUAUUUUCCUGAAUUUGCUGGAUAUGUUCUUGCACAGGGUGAACAAGGCAAAGCUGACCGGGGUGAAGAUUCUGAAGUAACUCGAGCUAAAUGUUUUAUUCGCGAUGAAUUUUUGCGAGUUAGCACGGCUACCGGUGCAAAUACUCAUCAAUGUUAUCCGCAUUUUACUUGUGCGGUUGAUACAGAAAAUAUUCGUCGAGUAUUCAGUGAUUGUCGCAGCAUUAUUCAACGUAUACACUUGAGACACUACGAAUUAUUGUGA